UCUCGAGAGCCUGUCGCUUUCUCCAGCUUUCGGAUGCUGAUAUCCGGAGAGGCGAGGUAAAGCCUUUCUAGGUUGGAGAUUAGAGAAUCAUUCGGCUUUCCCCUUUUCUUUGGGAGGAGGGAUUUCCUACUCUGAAAGCAGGAAGGUGUUCGACCUCUGAAUCGUCCUCUGUUUUGCCUCUUUUUGUCGGAGAAGAAUGGCGAUGGCGUCCCGAGGAAGAGCAGAGCUUGUGAGGCAGUGGAAGGAUCGCGAGACGAGUCCUGAGGCAACCAAGGUACGGACGGAGCCGAAGCCAGGGAUUACCGAGAGGAAGGUGCCGGUGGUCUACUACCUCUCGAGGAAUGGUCAGUUGGAGCACCCGCAUUUCAUGGAGGUCUCCCUUUCCUCCAGCGACGGCCUGUACCUCAGAGACGUGAUCAAUCGUCUUGAUGUUCUCCGAGGCAAGGGAAUGGCCAGCAUGUACUCUUGGUCUUCCAAGCGGAGCUACAAGAAUGGGUUUGUGUGGCACGAUAUCUGUGAAGACGAUUUUAUCUACCCGGCACACGGCCACGAGUACAUCCUGAAGGGAUCGGAGCUUCUCCACCCGGCGAACUCCUCUCCCAUGUCUCAAGACACCGUCGCCUCCUCCUCCGGCUCCGAGAAGCCUCUGGAAAUCGCCAAAUCUGUCCACUACGACUCCGACUACUCUCUUGUCAGGAGAAACAAGAAGCCGUGGAGCUCUCUCGAUCUCAACGAGUACAAGGUCUACAAGUCUGAGCUCACCUCCGAGACCGCCCUCAAGGCCGCCGACGCGGCCACCCAGACCGACGAGAAGAAGCAGAGGCGGCAUGCCGUCGUCGGCCGGGACGACAACCGGGCCGACGAGGAGAACCCGACGACGGAGCUGGGGAGGGACGAGAUCUCGCCUCCCCCGUCUUCCUCCAGCCCGGAGACCCUCGAGUCGCUGAUGAAGGCCGACGGGCGGCUCGUCCCCGACGCGUCGGGCUAUCAGGAACGGACGGUGGAUAGCUACCCGAGCGGGAGGUUCCGGGCCUCUGCGGUCCUGAUGCACCUCAUCUCGUGCGGCUCCAUCCCGAUUAAGGACCGGGGCUUCUCCCUGGUGUCGCACUACGGAGGGAGGCUGCCGCGUGGACGGUCCGAUAUGAGUGCGAAGGUUGAGGUGGACGGCUUGAUCGUGAACGUGCACCCUAGUUUCGCUGCGAUCCAGUUGGAGGACAAGGAAUACUUUAGCGGCAGCUUGAUAGAGACCAAAAAGAAGGAAAGUGAUGACGUCGCCGAGUUUCCCGGCUUGAAGCGUUCCUCUUCUUACAACGCCGAUAGGAGCUCGAAAGUGGAGGUGGUCGAGAAGGAGAUCGACGAGGGCGUCCGUGCCAAGUGCAUCCCCAGAAAGCCCCGGGCGACGACCAGGAAAGAAGCCAACCCGCCUAUCUCCCGCAGCACCCAUGGAAGCAAGCGUAUCAACGACGAACCCUCUCAAUUUGAGCAGUGAUUGUGGAAGUGGAAAAUGGAUUAAAAAGAGAAGUCCUCUGAGAGCGAGGAGAACUAAUGUGAAUGCUCGCCUUUGCCUUGCAGUUUACGGCACGGAGUUGUUGUUUUUGUUCCCCAGAAUGUAUAGAAAACGACUGUUCUCAUGAUGCAUAUUGCCCAACUAAAACACUUUGCUUUUAUUA